AUGAUGGAGGGUGUGCUCGCCUCCCCAAGCCGGGGCCUACAGGGAGCCAUCAUUCAGGGGUUGGUUAAUAAUUUCUGCAUUUGCGAAGGAUACAGUGUGCCUCAUUGCUUUAUGUAUGACAUUUAUGUGGAGACCUGUGGGCAUAAUGUUCAGAACCAAGUCAACCCAGCCACAUUUGGGAACUUCAUGCAGUUUUUUUUUUUUGAUCUGGGCACACGAAGACUAGGCACAAGAAGUGCCAGAUAUCAUUAGGAUGGAAUCUGCAUCAAGAAGAGUUCGUUAUUCUAUGCCCAGAAUCGCUACCCUCUGGGUGAAAAACAGUAUCACAGUGAAGAUGUCACAGCCUUUGAAAAAUCUCCUAAUUAUAGCAGUCUUCUCCAGCAAGAAAGAACAGUGAAAGAUUUGCUUACUUCCUUCUGGAAAUCUCUGCAGCAGGACACAGUCAUGCUGAUGUCAUUGCCUGAUGUAUGCCAGCUCUUUAAGCGCUAUGAUGUGCAGCUGUACAAGAAAAUUGAAAAUAUUCUCCUGCAAGACUUUUUGGAAGAUGUUUCUAUUCAGUACCUGAGAUCUGUGCAGUUAUUUAGUAAGAAGUUUAAGCUGUGGCUACUUAACAGUUUGUCAGGAUUCCCACCUCUCUUACAAUUCUCCAAACUCAAAGAAGUUACUGUGUUUGUGAAAAGACUCAGAAGAAAGACGUACCUUUCCAACAUAGCAAAGACUAUGAAAAUGGUUUUGGAAAAUAAAAGAAGAUUCGGCACUCUGAAGUCAGAUUUACAUGCCAUCAUCAGUCAAGGCACUUUGGAUAUUUCGAAGACCUCUCUGGCCAGUACCCAGAGCAGUAUGGAAGAGGUGGAGGAUGAUACAGAGAUUAAAUGCCUGAGCAAUUUAAUUUCUUUGCUGGGAACAACAGCAGAUCUCAGCAUAUUCCUAAACUGUCUGUCUACAAGUCUCCAAGCUAUUGUCUUUCAGCCUAGCAGAAGCAAAGAGGAGUUUAUCAAGUUGGCUGCCAGCUUCCAGCUCAGAUGGAAUUUUCUUCUCACGGCUGUGAGCAAAGCCAUGACUCUCUGCCACAGGGAGAGUUUUGGCUCCUGGUAUCUGUUUCAUUUGCUGCUACUGGAAUACGCUAUUCAUAUACUACAGUCAUAUAUGGAGGAAGAGGAUAUAGAAGAGGAAAAAGAUGUGGUACAUACAACUAGGGACAUAGUCCCAGAGGCCCAACCUCUUGUUCAGCCAGAUCAGGCACUUUACCACCUUCCUGACUCAUCACCCACUCCGAAGUUUGAAGACUUGAGCCUGGGCCUACGCCAGGUGACUCUGAAGUACAUGAGCCAGAGUCGAUGCCCAAUGGAGGAGAACAGCAUGGUGCUGAGGAUCCUGGGCUUCCUCACAGAUAUGGCCACAGGAAAUAAGCUCAUCCAAGUUUUGUUAGAAGACAAGACCACUUCAAACAACAUCAAACUCAGCCUUCCCGUGGGACAAGAAACUCUUGUAACACUCAGAGAUAGACAAAGAUUUGUGAUAUACAUAUCAGAUGUACCCCAAAGCUCUGAGAACCUCGAUUUCAGGGGAAACAAUGCUAGUAUGUAA